AGGACACUGGGAUGCUCCAGGCAGGAGAAAAUGAGGAGAAAGACGAGAAACUUCAAACAUAAGACUGUAAAAGACGAUAAAACACUCACAGGAGUGAGUGACCAAGAAUCUGAAAAAGAUGACCCUACGAUAAAUGAGAGAAUUCGGGCCGAAAAGAGACAGUAUGUAUGUGCCGAGUGUGGGAAAGCCUUUAGUCAGAGCGCAAACCUCACGGUACACGAGCGAAUCCACACUGGAGAGAAGCCCUAUAAGUGUAAGGAAUGUGGAAAAGCCUUCAGUCAUAGCUCCAACUUGGUUGUUCAUCGGAGAAUCCACACUGGACUGAAGCCCUACACAUGCAAUGAAUGCGGGAAAUCUUUCAGCGGAAAGUCACACCUCAUUCGGCACCAGGGAAUCCACAGUGGGGAGAAGACUUACGAAUGUAAAGAGUGUGGGAAAGCCUUUAGCCGGAGUUCCGGUCUUAUUUCCCAUCACAGAGUUCACACUGGCGAGAAGCCCUACACUUGUAUCGAGUGUGGGAAAGCCUUUAGCCGUAGUUCAAACCUUACUCAACAUCAGAGAAUGCACAAAGGAAAAAAAGUUUACAAAUGUAAGGAGUGUGGGAAGACAUGUGUUUCUAAUACAAAAAUUAUCGACCAUCAGAGAAUUCACACUGGGGAGAAGCCUUAUGAAUGUGAUGAGUGUGGGAAAGCUUUCAUCUUAAAGAAGACCCUUAAUGAACACCAGCGACUUCAUCGUAGAGAGAAACCUUACAAAUGCAAUGAGUGCGGGAAAGCUUUUACUUCUAAUCGAAAUCUGAUUGAUCAUCAGAGAGUUCACACUGGAGAGAAACCCUAUAAAUGUAAUGAAUGUGGAAAAACCUUCAGGCAGACUUCUCAAGUUAUUCUACAUUUGAGAACCCACACUAAGGAGAAACCCUAUAAAUGUAGUGAGUGUGGGAAAGCCUAUCGUUACAGCUCACAGCUCAUUCAGCACCAGAGGAAACAUAACGAGGAGAAAGAAGAGUCAUGAAUGACACAUAUUGUGGGAAGUGGGGCUAACUGCUACUUUCUGGAAAGCAGUUUUUCAGUAUCAUCAACCUUAAUUCCCUAAGAAUCUAUACAGAGAAAGUAAUCAGAAGCAGACAAAGAUUAACAGAAGGGAUAUUCUUGCCAGUAUCAUACACAAUGGGAGGAAGAAAGCUGGAUUUUCAACAACAGUACAGGGUUUAGAUGAAUGAUGGUCAAUUCCUAUGAUGGUUUUGUACCCAUUAUAACCAUUUUUAAAGAAUAUUUAAUGCCAUGGGGGAAAUGAUUUGGAUAAAAUGGAAGAUAAAUGAAAGAAGAUAAGCAAUGAAAUAUGAUCCAAAAUUUUUAAAAACAUUUAUGCAAAGGAAAAAAAUGGGGAUGAAAUAAUGCCAAAACCACAAUGUCAACAGUGAUUAUCUCUAGAUGAUAGGAUUACAGGUGAUUUCUGUUUUCUUCUUUAUACUUUUCUAUACUUUUUAGAUUUUCUACAGUGAGAAUGUACUACUUUUUAUAUUCAGGAAAAAAGUAAGAGUAUUUUUUAAAUGCAUCAAGUAUGUGUACAUCUUCACUCCGCAGUGUUACAAAAGGCACAUAGAACAUAGACUCUAAAGUCUUGGGAUUGCGUCCUGCUACUGGCACUUAGUAGCAGUGGGACCAUGAGCAAGUCACUUCCUUUUAGAGCCUGUUUCCUGUGUAUUAUUUCAUAAAUACCAGUAGUUGGUCUUCUGCAAUUUUAAGUUAAAUAGACUUUACAGUUGUCACCACAAUGUAUAAGCUACUUAUUUAAUCACUGUUAGGUUAGAAGAACAUGGCAAAACUUUACUACAUUCUCCUCUCGCACAGUUGUAGAAGAAUCUGCAGAUAAUAGAGAACCACUUAGGCUCCAUCUUUUCAGUAUAUGUCUACAGACCCGGUAAAUGAUGUCCCCUUAUGAAACUGAAACAAUUGCAGUUUCAUAACCUUUAAAGAGAUACAGUGAGCAUCAUCUAAAACUAGGGGAGGACUCUGCCUUCACACGUUAUAGAGUUUAGUAACUGAAAGUGCAGACUUUGAGGUCAGGGAUACAUGUGUUCUAAUCCCAGAUCUGCUAUGCACUAGCUUGCCAAUUUUGGAUAAGACCCUUAACUGUUCCGAGCCUCAGAUUAAUCUGUAAAAGGAGAAUAACUGCCUACCUCACAGGGUGGUUGUGAGGAUUAAAUGAGGUAAUGCAUGUAAGUGUCUGACAAGCCUGGCACGUGGUAGAUCAUAAUCAUAGGACAUUUGAGCAGUUUUUCUGAACGCCUAGUGAGACUGAUUCGGGAGAAGUUUUACUGAAGGUAGCAUUUAGGAUAUUUUCAAGUGUAACAAACACAAUGACAGGAACAAGUAGCUUAAAACAUUAAGAACACUGAUUGUUGACUUAAGGGAAAGUCAAGAGCAAGCAGUUCCAAAUUUGGUUUGGCAGCUCAACAAUCCAUCACACUUCCAUCAACCUCCCUAAUUUUCAGCAUAUUGGCUUUCAUUUUUUGCAGCCUCGUGGCUGCAAGAUGGUGGCCACAGCUGAAAGCUGUUUUCCUCACACAAUUCCUUCAAAGUCAAGAAGUGAGGAAGGGAGCUGAGGCUUUCUCAUCUGUUUCCUUUCUGCUUUUUUUCUGUGGGAGUGGGAUUAGGUUUACUUACUUAUGCACUUAUUUUUGGAGGAGAUACUGAGGAUUGAACCCAGGGCCUCGUGCAUGCUAGGCACAUGCUCUACCACUUGAGCUGUACCCUCCUCCCUCUGGUUCCUUUCUGCUUUUAUCACUGGAAAAACCCUUUUCCAGAAGAAGGGAGCGAUGCUGAGCAGUCAGUACUGCAGGUGCCCCACUAGCCUCAUCUGUCUUUCUUUAUAUCCCCUCUGAGAAGACCUUAAACCACUUUCAACCAAUAUUGUAAACUUUUAAGACAACUCAGAAUCCAUCUGGGAACCCUUAGAAUCACCCCAUUCUUAACUCAGCCACUCUUCUUUCUUUGUAUACCGUGAAUGCCUAAGCCUAAUGCCAUCUGUCUUACACACAUAGUGAUUUAUUGUUUCAGGAAUUAUUAAAGAUUUGGAAUCCCAUUCAAUCCUGAUAACAUUGGUGCAUCAGUGAGGUUAGGUGACUGGCUAGUGAGUGGUUGAAACCAGAAUUUGAACUGAGAUCUACAAGUCUGUGCUUUCUUUAUUAUGUAUCAAAAUGCCUCUGCCUACCAUGAUGGUUCUGUGUGAGUGGGAGACCAGUUGGGAUUCUCCGGAGCAGCCACUUUUAUGAAAGCUACAUAAUUAUAUAUGGACAAUUAUUUGAUCAUGGUUUCAUAAGGAAGAUGCUGUCAGUCUUCUCUGAGUUGGAUUUAUAGCCUAUCUCUGCACCUUGUAAUUUAGUUUUAAGGAUUAUGUAUUUCUUCCUUGCUGUUCCUAGAAAGAAGUGGAGGGUGUGAAGGGUAUAUUUGUAUGAAACGGUUUGGUUUUGUCCUAUUUUGAUAAGAUACUGGCUUACAUACAAUUUUGUGAUAUCAUAGUCUUUUGCGUAGUUAUUCAAAGCAAGCUUUGGAGGCUCUUUAACAGAUUCGGUGUGUUUAGGGGGUAGGACUGUUGUAUCAUUGGUCACCCUUGGGUAGGCACUUCCCCACGAGUCUGGUAGGACACGAGGGUAGGGUAACCCACAUGGGCCAGUGGCUGAACAGAACCACAGCAAUAAGGGCGCUUCCAUCAUUUUCCCCUUGUCGUGUGUCCUUUUAAAAUUCUACAGGGAGUUUGUAAUUCAUAUUCAUGCCUUUUGUCUUGCCAGUUAGCUUCACCUGUGUACCUGUGUGGAAACUCCCAUGACUAAUGUCUUCCGGCCCUGCCAAAACUGCUCUAAGAAAACAGGCAACUAGCUCCCUGUAUGCCUGUCAAGGGUUAUUUUUUGAGCAUUUAUUGUUGCUGAGCCGAGUUGUUGACGCUUGCUAUAUUGCUGAGCAGGCAUUCUCUGACCAAAACAUUCUCCCAGCACUGUGUCAUAGAAAUAGGCUUUCUUUUUCAUCUUAAAAGACUUGGUGAUCUUCAAGGGUAAAUACCUUCUAGGAAGGAUGUCAGAGAUCUGAAUACUGUCCCAUUUCUUGCCCCAGGCAAGAUGAGAUAAUGGACCCUGGAGGAGGCCCUCGCCGUCUUCUAGGUGUUACCUGUCUUGAACUGCAGGAGUAAAUGUUGACAAGCGGUCUCUGCAGCCUUUCAUAGAAAUAGUCUGCAGCAUACUCCGAGCUGACCCCCCACCUUCCUCCGGGAGUUUUUCAAGACUACCAGCUGUUUGCUUCAGUCAGAGUUUAGUUUUGCAGCUCUUAACCAUCCUUUCAAGCCCUUUCAGAUACACUCGGGAAUGCAGGGUCUGUCUCUUUGAAUGUGUUUUUUCCAACUUCCUGUCCUAAUGGAAGCCUGAUUGUGCUUCCUCUGCAAUCCUUCAGUUGCUGGUUUUUCUCUCCCUCAACCCACUUACCUCUCUGUACUGCCAUUUCUUCUCUAUCCCACCCAAAUCCCAGCUUUCUUGACAUGUGCGUCACUAGAUGACUGUGUUGCCCAGCCCUUUUCUUGUCACCUACUGACAUCCUGUGCACUCAACUUUGAUUCUCUUAUAUUUUUAGUACGCUGAAUAUUCCUGAGGAAUGUGAAAAGGCAGUAUUUUUUAGCCACAGGUAUUCUGGUUAUGUAGAGUUGCUUUUGUGUGGUCUAAAAAUGUGUAUGUCUCCUUUUGGUUGUGAGGAAAGUAUGAAGUUGAAAUCUUAUGUAGCCCUGAUUAAAAGGAAAUAUGAAGACAGAGAAUCAUGCACAGAGAGGAAAGUGUCUUCCUGGACUUAAGAGAUAUUUCUCAUUGAUGGUGUGUACUGUGUUAGGUCUUCCUAGGAACUGAGAAUAAAUAUGAAACCAAAAAGAGCUUUAAAUAGCUGAGUAAUUCCAGUGACUACGAAUCCCAUGAGACUAUAUUUCAUUUCAGUUCUGUAUCCACAA